AUGUCUACUGCUUUCAGCUACUAUCGCAGAAGGGUCUCUUUCAACAAUCUCGAUGUCGACAUAAUCAACGACCAAUCAGUGCCCAACGAGCCUGCAGAAUCGAUAUCCACGCCCAAGCCGAUUCUCAAAAACAGGGAUCAGGUGCUCACCGCGGGCGGCGACCGGUACCGUAAAAAGAGCCUGGUCGACAUGUCGGACGAGGAGAUCUUGCAGCUGGACUCGCAGUUCGCGAUGAAACGGGUCAACAUCGACGACUUCAAGUUCGAGACAGACUACUCGCUCGUGGUCGACCCGUUCAACCAGUCCAAGCUCGCGCGCAAAACAUACCACAAGCUCGCUACAGACUACCCCACACGGCCCACCCUCCGCACCAGCUCGCUGUGUUUUAGCUUCCAGCACCCAGACUGGUCGCAGAAAAUCAGUAACAACCGCUUUUAUCUCGUGCUGAUCUCGUCUAAGGCGUCGUCGCUGGGCGCGAUAGACUACUACCUAGACUCCAAGGCCAGGGACGGCGAUAACGUGAUUAUCUGCUGCUCCAUCAACGACGAAAAAUAUAAGGACGAGUACCUGCCCGAGUUGAUGGAGAUCAUCCUCGACAAGUUCUACAAGCACGACGCGGAUCUCAAGGUGCAGAUCAACUUUGAGUUCUGCCGCAGCGUCAACUACCUCAGAGACAUCCUCAACUUAUACAACCCGACCGCCAUCCUGGUCGGGUCUACGCAUAGCAAACGGCGCUUCGGGUCGAUCGUCGGCCUCAAGUCUCUCAUCCCGAUAGUGUACGUGAACGAGGACUACGAGGAGCGGCGGCCGCAGCUGAUCGACCGCACCAACGGCAUCCAGUUCAAGCAGCCGUUUGCAGAAAACAGCACCACACCGUUCAUCACGAUCGACGAGGCAGACGAGACCGACGCGCGCGAGCCGCACGGCAAGAAGUUCUCGCUCGAGUCGUCUGCGGUGGAGUCGACCACCUCGUCGUCGUCUGCGUCGGUCAGCUCCAUGAACAGCUUCCGCAAGUUCAAAACCAACGAAACGUCGCACUCGCUGCUGUUCGAGAAGCUCAACGACCUGCCCUACAUCGACGACCACGAGAACUCGUCCGAGGGCGUCACCAGAGUGAAGUCCAUGCUCGGCGACGACGACGCGCUGUCUGCGGUCAAGGUGCUCUCGAACAACAGCGGACAGUCGCCGUACGGCUCGUUCUCGCGUUCUGUCUCGGGCCCUGUGGGGGGUCCCAACAGCAACAAAUUGUCGCUGGCGUCGAUCGACCCGGCGACAGGCAUGGCUGCGCCGCACGCGCUGGGCAAGACCAAGUCCAACAGCAUCGUGGACCAGUACAACCGCCGCAUGAGCGUGCAGAAGAAAGAGGAGCCUGGGGCCAAAGUGCCCGUCAGUGUGUCGGCGCGGAAAUCGCCGCCUGCGCAGACGAAACAGGACCCUCCGCCAGACACGCUGCCCAAAAAGGGCUUUCUCAAGAAAUUGAUACGGUUUUAA